CCACAAAAGAAGGAGGGAGUGGGGCAUCCGUCCUUAUUUGAAGGUUCAUGCUACUAGAAUUAGUUAUUCCCAGUUUUGGAACAUCACUUGCAUAUUUUUCGCUGAAUGCUCCAAGGUCCUGAGAUGAAAUUUAGCUUUCGACAGCCCAGUUUCAAUUCUUGCAGAGCCUGAGUGCCAAGCUUGAGUUGCUUCUAUCUGGAACACUUUCUGCAGGGAAAGCUGGAUGCAUUUUCUUGAAUUCAUUUCAAUGGAUACCCAGUUUAGUUUGCACAGAUUAUCUGCCUGCUGCUGCUUCUUGAUGUGGAUAUAAUACGUUUUACCAUGAAAAGCAGGAAGGAUUAACAGUUGCAAUAUUUCAAAGAAGAGACAUUUUUGUAUCUGAAUUCACCUUCUGCAGAAUUCACUUGCGCAGCCUGAUAGAGUGUUGCUGUCACAUUCUUCAUUGGACGUUAUGAUUUAUUGGCAGAAACCUGAAGAUGAGCUGUAAGACAGAGCUGUAACUAUUUCUAACUAUAUACAGGAACUCAAGGGAAAAAACUGACAAACAUGCACAAAAUGAUACGUUUAUGGCUCAUCCUUGUGGUUAUUAUAUUCGUGCCACAAAAUGCUCUCUCGUGCCCACAUCCAUGUGCAUGCUACGUCAACUCUGAGGUCCACUGUACCUUCCGCUCCCUAGCUGCAGUGCCAUCAAGAAUACCAAAAAAUGUGGAAAGAAUCAAUUUGGGGUUCAACAGCAUUCAUUCAAUUGAGGAGGAUUCAUUUGCAGGAUUAUCGAAACUAGAGUUACUUUUGAUCCAUAGUAAUGAUGUCCGCAAUGUUCCCAAUGGUGCUUUUAGAGAUCUGGUUUCUUUACAGGUGUUCAAAAUGAGCUACAACAAGCUGAAAGCAAUUACCAGUCAUACCCUCCAUGGCCUUCCGGCCUUAACAAGAUUGCACAUUGACCAUAACCAAAUUGAAUUCAUACACCCCAAUGCAUUCAAUGGUUUAACUUCUUUAAGACUUCUUCACUUAGAAGGAAACUUGCUUCAACAGCUACAUGCCAAUACAUUUUGCACCUUCAAUUUCUUAGGCUAUUUCAGACAAUCAACAUUAAAACACCUUUAUUUAUCAGACAACAUGAUUCGGUCACUGCCGGCAGACAUGAUAAAAACAAUGCCAUUACUGGAAAACCUCUUCCUUCAUGGGAACCCAUGGAUCUGUGAUUGUAACAUCAAGUGGUUACUUGACUGGGCUGAGCAAACGGAUGGCAUUCUUAAAUGUAAGAAAGACAGAUCAUAUGAAAACGGGCAGCUGUGCCCUACAUGCUCCUCUCCAAAGUAUCUACAGAAUCGGGAAAUUCAGAGUCUGAAAGAUGUUUCCUGUUCUAGACCUAUUAUAUACUCAGCACUUCGGGACAACAGUAGUUAUGCCUAUGCAGAAGAAGAGAACGGGAAUGAUCCACCAGCAACAGAGUCUUAUCAUAACCUGCUAGGCAAAGUCAUAUUAAAUAUGACUGAUGAGCACGGGAACAAAGUCAAUUUGGACUGCGACAUGAUAAAGCCAUCAGACUUCAGCAAAAUUACUUGGAAUCAACAUCAUCAAGAGGAAAUUGAUAUCAAUGCCACAUUCAGUCUUGAUUUUGAAUGCCCUAUGAAUCGAGAAAACUAUGAAAAACUAUGGAAACUUAUAGCCUAUUAUAGUGAAGUACCUGUAAAGCUGGAGAGAGAAGUACAGUUUAGUGACAGUCCCAAAAUGACUUACAGGUACAGACAGAAUGUAGACCAUGAUUCAUAUUAUUAUACAGGUGUUAAAGCGCUUAUAUCAUCGGAGCCAUCUUGGAUAAUGCAAACAUCGGUCAACAUCCAGUUGAAUAGAAAGAUGAGUACAGCUAAGAAAGUCACUUUGUCUUUUUCUACACAAUUUUCAGAGGCUAUACACACAAAGGAGAUACAGUAUCCUCAGAAUAAUUGGGUGUUGAUUGAGAAAAAUGAAAAAUUUAAGACAUCCUGCACUGCUAUUAAAGGAACUCUCUGCCAGCUUAACUGCCAUGUAAAGUCAUCUGAAAUUCCCUCAAUAGAAUGGAGUCUUCCAGAUGGAACAAUACUCAAAGCACCGUACAAUAGCCCGGAAAGCAGAUUUUCCAUAUCUCCCAGUGGGCAGUUAGUUAUAAAAGAAGUAGAUUUUCCUGAUUCUGGAUUGUAUUAUUGCAUUGCUCGAGUGAAGUAUGAAGUGGAUAUGCAGCUAUUUAGAGUGACAGUGCAGUCACCAUCAAGGGAUAUCGCUGAGAGUCAAAUUCACAUUCUUACAAGAAUUGUUGGGGAUCCCAUAGCCUUGGCUUGCAAUGUAGUGGGGAAUCCAGAUGCUGAUGUAAAUUGGAUUUUGCCUAAUAAUAAAAUUAUUGAUGCAUCAGUAAAUAAUACUGGUCUAUAUCUUUUAAAUAAUGGCUCAUUAGCUAUUAUUAACACCAAACUGAGUGACAGUGGCUUGUACAGAUGUAUAGCUGUUAACCAACACGGGACAGAUCACUACAGCGUUCAAGUAGAAAUAAACAGAAAAGUACAUGAAAAGCCUUAUCAAAUAAUAAAAACUAAAAAACAGCCUUCUUUUGAAUUGGCAACAAAGCCUAAGUAUAACAUCAUAGAUGAUGAUGGUGGCUCAGGGGAAAAGGAUACUCCAGAAGAGUCAGGUAAAUAUAACGUCAAAAAUGGGGGACGACUUGUAAAGAAAAUUGGUUCUGCUUCAACUAAUGUUCGUUCUAAGCAAAACAGAAAGGACAGGAGGAAAAUGAAACCAUGGAAAGGUACCGAAAGAUCAAAAGGGAGCAAUAUUGCAGAGGGUCGGAGGAAGUUCGAAUCAAGAAGGAGAAUUAAUAUGGGAAAUAAACAGAUUGAUCCAAAACAAUGGGCCAAUAUUCUAGCAAAGGUGAGAGGGAAAAAUCUUCAAAGGACAACAGAACUUCCCCUUGCCACACAAGCCACUCCCACCUCUACAUUAAGGCAUAAACCUACACCCCCUUCUUCUAUUGCCAUGCCUCCACCUGCAAAAGAAUCAGAACCUUAUGUAGAAGAAACAUCCGCAGACGAAGAUGGAUUAUUAUUUAUCACUUCUUCCCCACAAGUAACAAUAGCCCAGAGUAUCGAUGAUGUAACAACAUCUCCUGCUGACAGAAUUGGAACUGUAAUCAAUGAAGAAACAGAUAAUGACAGUGAAACUGUGUUUUCAGAAAGCAAUGAGAAAACAUUCAAAAUGGAACCGCCCACUCCAAACUCAGAUCUGACAACUACUGAGAACUCUGGAGCAGACAGUUUCACUUAUUCAACAAAUGAAGAUGAAAAUGUAAUUCUGGAAGGAGAUGAAAUUCACAGUAAUGCUCCAACAACAAAUAUCCAAAUUAUUGAAAAUGAAUAUAUAGUAGACAGCGUCACAACCGACAACUAUGUUGAGGAGCAAUCGAAUGAAAAAAAACCAGUGUUUGAAAGCGAGAAUGGUUUGGAAGCAGAUUCAGAAAGCAGCACAGUGGAAAUUCUAAGCGUGGGAACUGAUGAUGUCAAAGAACUUUCAACUGCGUCUGUUAUAACAGUGUCCCCACUGCUGCUUGCUGUGGAAAAAACAACAACAGUAAAAAGUAGCGAUGCAUAUUUUCCAAAUGAACCUUUACAGCCUCUAAAUCCUGAAAGUGAUAAAAGCCUUACUACUGAAAACUUUAUUUUAUGGACAGAAAACAAUGAUAUUCUUCCCACAAUCAACAGAGACGUUCAUACAACUCUCAUGGUUGAGCAAGAGCAGGCUCUCCAAACAGAUAGCAUGUCAUCUGUAUCUAAUACUAUUGCUCCCACCCCAUCUGAUGACCACUUGAAUGUCUAUGCCUUGGUUCCUACCCAAACAUUUAUUCCAACAACCACUAACACACCUGGAAAAAAUGUCAUUGAAGUAAGCUACACUAAGGAUUAUUCUGGAAACACAGGCAUUAUUUCCACAAAAACAAGCAGUAAAAGUUCUAUUUCCCAGGAACAUGGGAAUAAUAUUAAUAAAGCUGAGACUACAACUACAGUGACUAGAUCUACAGAACUGAAGACUACCACAACAAUCCCAAAUGCUAUUAUUAGUGCAGUGCCUGAGAAAAGUAUGGUAACUCCUACAGUUCAGGAGUCAACAGUUAGAACAAAUUAUCUUACCAGUCAGGCACAGAGAACAACCACAACAGUUAGUACAAAUGGAAAUAUUAAUUUCCAUAGACGUCGACCAAAUGGGAGGAGAAGACUUAGACCAAAUCGAUUUAAAUUACGUCAGAAUCAAAUUGUUCCAACUGUACAAACUGUUUUAGAUCGUUUUCUUCAAAAGCCAUUUGCACCACCAACAAAAGAACAGGUCAUCUCUAAUGAACACAUAAAACCUACUGAGUUCAAAAAUGUUUACACAAACACUGCUCCAUCUUCUACACCUGCAUCUAAUGCUAAAAUAUUUGGAUUGCCCAUUCCCACCCCAGUAACAACACCACAAAUAGUCAAAACCCAUAAGGUAGCUGAACAUGAAAAUUCAAACAAUGUCUAUACCUUAAAUCCUACUUUCAACACAAAUUCCAAUACCAUACAAAAUGUCCAGACCUCCACAUUGGUUGGGAAAGAAGACAAACUACUCACCAGUCCUAUUACAUUUUCCAAUACCAUGCUCAUAACUACAAAGCCAUCUCAGUAUGCAAAACAUACAACUAUUCAAUAUGCCAACUCCGUUGCGUCACCUACAAAAAUGAAGUCGGAAUCUGAGUUGUAUCCAAUACCUAUUACAGAGGAACCUCCAAAAUUAACAAGUACUGCUGCUACAACAGAACAAAUCUUUCAAUAUCUAGACAAUGUUCAGAGCAGUCCACAUCCAGAAUCUAUGCCUUUAACCACUGAUUCCUCAGUGAUUACCACAAAAAAACCUGUAGAAACCACAGUUGGACAUAAAACUCUGAUGUCUGAGAAGAAAGAAAGAAAAAUUUCAGCCACGUUCUCUUCAAAAACAGAAAGGAAAACAGUAUCUUCAUACAAAGGAAAUAAGGAAAGUAUUACUAAGUCAUACAUAAGGACUACUCAAAGUGCUCAAACUACAUUUAUGCCAUUUACAGAGAAAGCUUUCAUUCCUACUGCUCAAUUCCAUUUGUCUACUGCCCAAGCUUCAGCUUCCACAAAGACCAGAUAUCGUGAAACCAUGAUUCCAACAGCACCAUCAAAAGUUAAAAUAGCACAAACAAGCACCCCAUCUUCCAAGCAAAACGAACUGGACCAGCUUCCACACAUUCAAAACAAAAUGCUUAUUCCACAAAUACAGGGACAAUUUAAGGACAAUUAUAUGGCAAUAUCAAAUAAUAGUGUUUUAUAUACCACAAAAUUACAUCAGUCACGAAUAAUACCUAAUAAUCAAAAUAAUGUGAACCCUCCAGCUAAUUAUGGUCCUGUACGUGGAACCAAGAGACCACCUUACUUUGUCACGCAAGGACCAUUACGCUUCUUUGUUACAAACCAACCAUUUGUGAUGACAAAUAAACCAGAGAUUACAGCAUAUACAGCACAAAGCAACCAAGAGAAAAAAACAUAUCCUCCUCAACAGGUAACAACAAAACCGGCCACAACAACCACAACAGUUGUGCCAUUAUAUAGACCAAAACCAAUGACUCCAAGCCGAUUUAAUCAAGGCCAGCGUUUAUCACCCUAUUAUAGACCUGCAGGAAAUACUCUCAAUAUUAAUGGUAAAGACAUAGUUGCAAGAAUUCCUUAUCAAGGAAAUCCAUAUUUCUUAAAUCCAAGAUUCCAGUACCGUUUUAACAGAACUAAACCCAUCCUAUUUACUGCUACACUUAAACCUCCUACAACUACCAAUCUGGUUUCAGAUGGUGCAAAUAAAAAAACCAGUUAUAUAUCAGCUGCAAAGACAACUAUAUCAAGUGCCCUAUUUAAAGCCACGGUUGCGCCUUUGCCAGUAAUACCUGUAACAAAGCCACCAGCACAAAAACAAAUGCAGCUGACUACUCCUUCUUAUAUUGUACGUACUCAAGCACCCAAAUCCAGCUCAACUGUUCAGCUAAACAGGUACUUUAAUCAAAUAAACAACAAACCAUCAAUUGUCGAAGGAUCUAAACUGACAAACCUCAAUGAAAUCCAAUCUUCAGUAACUCGAAGACCUCAAGGAAUCAAGCCACAGAUUACAACCACUGGUCUACAGUCAUUAUCUGUGCCUUUUGAAACAGAUGCAGUUAUUCCAUGUGAAAGCUUUGGAGAUCCUAAGCCAUCCAUCACCUGGACAAAAGUUACCACUGGGGCAGUCAUGACAAAAAACACAAAGAUGCAACGUUUUGAGGUCUUGGAAAAUGGUACUCUCAGUAUUCAAAAACUUCAGCUACAGGACCAUGGACAGUAUGUGUGCACUGCUCAGAACCAGCAUGGCGUUGACAAGAUGUAUGUGACCUUGACUGUGGUGGUCCAGCAGCCUCGAAUAUUAGGAUCUCGUUAUAAGGAUGUUACUGUGUACAUUGGAGAUACAAUUUCAAUGGACUGUCCUGCUAGUGGUGUACCAUCUGCACACAUUUCUUGGAUCUUCCCUGACAGAAAAAUAAUACGGACCAUAUCAGCUACAGAGAGUCGUAUUAUGCUUAAGGAAAAUGGGACCUUGACAAUUAGGGAAACAACCUUUACCGACAGAGGUAUUUUCAAAUGUGUUGCAAGCAAUGUGGCAGGAGCUGACAGUCUGACAGUAAGACUUCACAUUGCAGCCUUGCCUCCAAUUAUUAAACAGGAAAAGGAGGAGAACAUUUCCCUUCCUCAUAGUAACAGUGUUUAUAUCCAUUGUUCUGCAAAAGGUGCUCCAUCUCCAAGUAUACGUUGGGUUCUUUCUGAUGGUACACAGGUUAGGACAUCCCAGUUUGUGAAUGGAAAUUUAUUUGUUUUCCCAAAUGGAACACUAUAUAUAAGAAGCAUAUCAGAGAAAGAUACCGGAAAAUAUGAGUGUGUUGCCACAAACAUUGUAGGAGUUGCCAGAAGAACAAUUAUGCUUGAUGUAAAAAAGUACACAACUAAUGCCAAGAUCACUGCAAGUUCCCCCCAAAAAACAGAUGUGACAUAUGGAAGUACUCUGCGCCUGGACUGCAGUGCGGCUGGUGAUCCAUGGCCAAGGAUACUGUGGAGACUUCCCUCUAAACGAGUGGUUGAUUCAUUCUUCAGCUUUGACUCCAGAAUCAAAACGUACUCCAAUGGAACACUUCUCAUUUAUUCAGUUACUGAAAAAGAUGCCGGAGACUAUUUGUGCAUGGCACGGAACAAACUUGGAGAUGAUUAUGUGGUUCUUAAAGUAAAUGUCAUGAUGAAACCAGCUAAAAUACAGUAUAAAAAUGAAGUGGACCACAAAGUAAUGUACGGUGGAGAUCUAAAGGUUGACUGUAUAGCAACUGGUGUGCCUAACCCUGAGAUUUCUUGGAGUCUUCCUGACGGAAGUAUGAUCAAUAACAUUAUGCAGUCAGAUGACAGUGGCUCCAGGACCAGACGAUAUGUUGUAUUUAAUAAUGGAACCUUAUAUUUCAAUGAAGUAGGGAUGAAGGAAGAAGGGGACUAUACAUGUUAUGCCGUAAACCAAAUUGGGCAAGAUGAGAUGCGUGUCAGUGUUAAGGUAGUAGCAGAAAAAGCAAAUAUAAAGAAUAAAACCUACUCUAUACUAAAUGUGCCUUAUGGGGAUGUAGUCACAGUUUUGUGUGAAGCAAAAGGAGAACCAGUUCCCAAGAUCACUUGGCUCUCCCCUUCAAACAGACCAAUACCUUCUGUAUCAGACAAAUACCAAAUUUACCGAGAUGGAUCUCUUCUGAUUCAAAAAGCACAAAGAUCCGAUAGUGGAAACUAUACUUGUAUAGCACAGAAUACCGGCGGAGAAGACAAAAAGAUUGUGCAGAUCCAAGUUAAUGUUUUGCCACCUACAAUAAAUGGUUUCUCUAAUCAAAUAACGACCAUAAAACAAUUAGCAAUUAGGGAUUCUCGACUUCUGCUAGACUGCAGAGCGGAAGGAGUUCCAACACCGCGGGUCAUGUGGGCAUUUCCUGAAGGAGUGAUCCUUCCUGCUCCUUACUAUGGAAACAGAAUUACCGUCCACCGUAAUGGUACGCUUGACAUCAAAGUUUUAAGGAAAACUGAUUCAGUACAGUUGACUUGCAUAGGCCGAAAUGAAGGUGGGGAGGCAAGAUUAGUAAUACAUCUGAUGGUUACUGAUCCAACAGAAAAACCUACAUUCAGCAUUGAUAAUGAAAAUAUUGUUGUGGGUGAGGGACAAUCGGUAAGUUUAAACUGCUCAUCCGGAGGAAUUCCAGUGCCUGAGAGAAUCUGGUUUCUUCCAAAUGGAACAGAAGUUCACAAUGGUAAACAGCUUCACCAAUUAUACCAUAGGAAUGAUGGCGCUCUGCUCAUUGGGUCCAUAGCAGCAUCCGAUGCUGGAACCUAUCGUUGCAGGGCUACUAACAUCGCUGGAUUUGCAGACAAAUUGGUCACUUUACAGAUUGGCCGUAAACCACAAAUGAAGAAUAAUUACAAUAAUUUAAUCAGCAUAAUUAAUGGCGAGACAUUACAACUUCAUUGUUCAACACAUGGAGAGUCCCAGCCACAGAUUUCAUGGACACUGCCUAAUGGUGUGAUUCUUGAUGGUCCUCAAACGAGGGGUCGUGUGUCCUUGUUACCGAAUGGUACCCUUGUUGUGCGUGAUACAUCUGUGUACGACAGAGGAAGUUAUAUGUGUAAAGCAACAACGCAAUAUGGCUCCUCAACAAUGAAUAUUCCUGUGAUCAUCAUCGCCUAUCCUCCACGCAUUACUACUAGCCCUGCUCCUGUUACUUACGUAAGACCUGGAAGUUCUGUACAGUUAAACUGCAUGUCAAUUGGAAUACCAAAGCCAGAAAUCUCAUGGGAAUUACCUGAUAAAUCUGUUUUGACUGCAGUAGCUCAAUCCCGUUUAUAUGGAAACAAAUUCCUUCAUCCUCAGGGGACACUGGUUAUUCAACACUCUUCAAAAAGAGAUACAGGAUACUAUAAAUGCACAGCUAAAAAUAUACUAGGGGCUGACACAAAGACAACUUACGUACAUGUGUAUUAAGACAUAUCAUUUUUACAGGUACAUGCCCAGGACGACUGCCACACAAGUGCAAUUAUACUGAAUUGUUAUUUGUAAAUGGUUUUGAUAGAUCUCAGAGGUGUCUCUCAGUCAUGGUGUUGAAGUAAUUCUGAGAGCUGCUUGGUGAUUCCAAUACCCUCUCCGCAAUUGAAAUAAAAGUCUACAUUGAUUAGUAAGGACAAUAAUAUCCAGAUAAGGUAGCAAAAACUGGGCCCAUCUUGUUAUGGUUAGAGAGUAAUACCAAGUAUUGUUGCCUUUUUUUGCAUCUUACUGCCAAAGAAGUAUUAAUUCCACAAACAUCCUACAGUGAUAUUUGUUUAACUUGUAUAAUAUAAUAAUUUUCCCUUAACUCGUAUAACGUGAACCCUUGUUCUAAAGAGGACUACAAAAGCAUUACUUUCAAUGCAUUUAAAGCCCUGUAGAUACAAAUGGGUAAACCACCUUUCUGUAUGAUAGCACUACUGUUUUUAAUUAUUCUUUUAUGUACAAACAUAUACCUUGGAGUUGAAAUAUCAUCGUGUACCAUUUCUAUCACACCUCUGAAUUGGAAUUUGAUAAACCUGUCGAUAUACAAAUAGAUAAAAGAUCCCUUAACUGGUGCUUAAUGCAUAUGUUUUAUAUAAAUUAGUUAUCUUCUCAUGAGACACAAAAGUCGCUCUAUCUAUGUCUCAUUUUAUAAAUUAUUGGUCUUUAAAAGACUUUACGCAAAACUGUGUUUAUAUUAUUAAAUUGAUGUACUGUACAUUUUAUAAUAAAUAUUAUUUUUCCGAACAAC